CCGGCGGCGGCCUCGCCCGGCCCGAGCCACCCUCCGGCUGGCGGCCGCCCCCCGAGCGGGAUGAACAGACCCGCCGCCCCCGCGGGGCCUCAUGGAGAAGCCGCCGCCGCUCCGCCCGCCGGCGAGCCCGGCCUUGCUGGGCAGCCCGCCCCCCGGCGCCCCCUCCCCGGCCGGCGGCCCUGGCGGCACUUCCUCCGCGGCGGCGGCGGCGGCGGCGGCCGUGCUCUCCUUCAGCACCGUGGCGGCCGCGGCGGCCGCGGCGCUGGGGAACCAGAGCGACGGGAGCGGGGCCGGCAGCGCUGGCGCCCCGGCUGGCGGCGGCCUCGGCGGGCACGAGGCGCCGGGGGCGGCGGGGAGGCCCCCGCUGGGCCCCGAGGCGGCGCCGCUGCUGUCGCACGGGGCGGCGGUGGCGGCGCAGGCGCUCGUCCUCCUGCUCAUCUUCCUGCUGUCUAGUCUGGGCAACUGCGCCGUGAUGCGGGUGAUCGUGAAGCACCGGCAGCUCCGCACCGUCACCAACGCCUUCAUCCUGUCCCUGUCGCUGUCCGACCUGCUCACGGCGCUGCUCUGCCUGCCCGCCGCCUUCCUGGACCUCUUCACGCCGCCCGGGGGCCCGGCGCCCGCCGCCGCCGCGGGGCCCUGGCGCGGCUUCUGCGCCGCCAGCCGCUUCUUCAGCUCGUGCUUCGGCAUCGUGUCCACGCUCAGCGUGGCCCUCAUCUCGCUGGACCGCUACUGCGCCAUCGUGCGGCCGCCCCGCGAGAAGAUCGGCCGCCGCCGCGCGCUGCAGCUGCUGGCGGGCGCCUGGCUGGCGGCGCUGGGCUUCUCCCUGCCCGGGGAGCUGCUCCGCGCGCCCCGGGAGCCCCCGGCCGCGCAGAGCUUCCACGGCUGCCUGUACCGGACCUUCCCCGACCCCGCGCAGCUGGGUGCGGCCUACAGCGUGGGGCUAGUGGUGGCCUGCUACCUGCUGCCCUUCCUGCUCAUGUGCUUCUGCCACUACCACAUCUGCAAGACCGUGCGCCUGUCGGACGUGCGCGUGCGGCCCGCGACCACCUACGCGCGCGUGCUGCGCUUCUUCAGCGAGGUGCGCACGGCCACCACCGUGCUCGUCAUGAUCGUCUUCGUCAUCUGCUGCUGGGGGCCCUACUGCUUCCUGGUGCUGCUGGCCGCCGCCCGGCAGGCCCAGGCCACGCAGGCCCCCUCGCUCCUCAACGUGGUGGCUGUCUGGCUGACCUGGGCCAAUGGGGCCAUCAACCCUGUCAUCUACGCCAUCCGCAACCCCAACAUUUCGAUGCUCCUAGGGCGCAGUCGGGAAGAGGGCUACCGGACUAGGAAUGUGGACGUUUUCCUGCCCAACCAGGGCCCGGGUCUGCAGGCCAGAAGCCGCAAUCGCCUUCGAAACCGCUACGCCAAACGGCUGAGGGCCUGCAGCAGGAUGUCCGCUUCCAACCGGGCCGUCGGGAUCGGAGGGGACGUGGGCAUGUGGGCUCGAAAAAAUCCAGUUGUGCUUUUCUGCCGGGAGGGGCCACCAGAGCCUGUGACAACAGUGGCCAAACAGACUAAAUCCGAAGCCGUGGAUACUAGCCUCUAAGAAGGGUUGGAAUGCGCAGCUUGUGAAGGCAAAUUUUCACUCGCUUUGUUUAAUGACACAGGAUUCCGGGGAGAAGCGUGUAUUUCAGAAAGCCAAACUUUAAAAAAGAGACAGGCGGAGGCUUGCCACCUUCUCUGAACAGCGUAGAACACCAUGUUCCCUCCUUCUAAAGUGCCAAAAGGAAUGUAAAAGGCAAAACUUAAAACAACUUAAACCACACAACCAUGCAUUGUGAACUUAAGUGACAAAAAUAAAAGUCACAACUACUGAAAAGCUCAUAUUACUGGAAUCACACUGUGAAACAAAAAAAUUUAUUUGAAUGCAACCUGUAUGUGUUCAAAUACAGUGUAAAUAGAGUUUCAGGAAAGAAUGGAGACCCUCGGAAUUGCUUGAAGUCCCCUCUAAAUCACCAGCAUUCAACAAAACUUCAGAUUUUUAGAACUUGCACCUCCAACACAUGCUUUGGGUGCUUAGGUUGGGAGCAGGUAAUUCUUAUCCUUACACACUUCGGUGGGCUCCCCUCCCCCAAUAAUCUUUGUGGGAAAUUUAAAAUUCAUAUCCCAUUGAAAACCAUUCUAGAAUUUUGAAAAGGUGGUUUAUUGCUAUAAAAUUUAGCCAUCUGAAGGGCAAAUAGAAGUAUGAAAGUAAAGAAAUGGGGCUGUUUAAAAAAGUGUUCCAAGAUUAUACUUUAAAAUGUUCCAGGUGCCGGCCGGUUGCGUAGCGGUUAAGUGCUCGCGCUCUGCUGCUGGCGGCCGGGGUUCAUAUCCCUGGGGCGCACUGGCAUAGCUUGUCAGGCUAUGCUGUUUUGGCGUCCCAUAUAAAGUGGAGGAAGAUGGGCACAGAUGUUAGCCCAGGCCUGGUCUUC